CCGGAGCACGUGUAACCUGCACCGCUGGAAUAAUCGAGCUAAAACCGGUUCUUGCCCGUUGUUCUGCAGACUGCGCAAAGAGUACGCAUGAGUUACGCAAACAGCGUACAACUUUCUCGCGCAAGCGUAACUCCAAACUAUGUGCUGUGCUCACGGUCUCCGCGCAGGAAUGUGUUAUUGAAAACUGUUGUGUAACGUACGCCUGCUGUUUCACCUCUGCUUCAAUAAACAUUGAUUGCUUGAAACGAAAAUACGCCAUCUUUUGGAGAUACCGGAAAACGGAACAACUGUGUGUAAGCUGUGUGUAAAGUGACAGAAAGAGCGAGAAUCAUGAUGAAGAUCAGUCCUCAUUCACUCUUCCUCUUCGGUCCUUAACAGACAGUCUGGAAUCAAAGCUUUGACGUCUAAAACACAUCACAACGGCCACAGAAGAGGUAAAAGGGAGGGAGUUGAGCUCUUCCUCUGUACAAACUUCAUCAUCCUCUCCGUCUGCAAUGGAGAUUGCCCUGGCUCAUCCUGCCCUGAAGGCCUUCAUGUGCGGCUCUCUCAGCGGCACCUGCUCCACUCUGCUGUUCCAGCCGUUGGAUCUGGUGAAGACCAGACUGCAGACCCUGCAGAACAACAUGCACCCAGGUGCUCCUAAAGUGGGGAUGAUUACAGUCUUUUUCAACGUGAUCCGCACAGAGAAGCUGCUUGGCCUGUGGAAGGGGGUUUCACCGUCGUUCAUGCGCUGUAUCCCUGGUGUAGGAAUCUACUUCAGCACAUUUUACUCGCUGAAGCAGCACUUCUUCCAGGAUAGGUCUCCGAGUGCUGGGGAGGCGGUGUUGCUUGGGGCGGGGGCUCGUUGUGUGGCAGGCGUGGCCAUGUUGCCCAUCACAGUCAUUAAGACUCGUUUUGAGAGCGGGCGGUACAAUUACAUAAGCGUAGCUGGAGCCCUUAAAAGUGUGUGUCAGAAUGAAGGUCCCAGGGCUCUUUACUCCGGGCUCACAGCGACUCUGCUCAGAGACGCCCCAUUCUCUGGCAUCUAUGUCAUGUUCUACAGCCAGGCCAAAAAGACUUUGCCACAGGAGAUCAGCUCGUCCCCCUUUGUCCCACUGGUUAAUUUUGGCUGUGGUGUAGUGGCUGGUAUUUUGGCCUCUCUAGCAACUCAGCCAGCAGAUGUGAUCAAAACCCACAUGCAAGUGAGCCCAGUGUUGUAUCCCAAGACCAGCGACGCUGUACGCCAUGUUUAUGCGAAGCAUGGCUUGAGCGGGUUCUUUCGAGGAGCGGUUCCUCGUUCUCUGAGGAGAACCCUCAUGGCGGCCAUGGCCUGGACUGUGUACGAGCAGCUGAUGGCACGCAUGGGACUGAAGUCCUAAGGACACCCGACGCACUUUAUGUGUGGACUUCAUUCUGUUUGUGUCCGUUACAGGAGUGUGUGCUUUUCAGACGAUGGUGAAAAGAUGGCGUUGUAUUAUCCUUGAAGGCUUGAU